GGCUGGACAAUGACUGCCGGACUGGAUGGACGAGACUCCCGCAAUGGAGGCGGGAGGUUGCCGCUACCAGUUUCGGAUCCUGCUGCUGGGGGACGCGGCUGUGGGCAAGACGUCGCUGCUGCGGCGCUACGUGGGGGGCGCGCUCGGGACCGCGGCGCCGGCGGAGGAGCUCCAGUCUGAGCCCACGGUGGGCGUCGAGUUCUACAGCCGCCCUCUGCAGCUGGGAGCCGGGCCGUGGGUCAAAUUGCAGCUCUGGGACACCGCGGGCCAGGAGCGUUUCAGGUGCAUCACCAGGUCUUUUUACCGGAAUGUGGUGGGUGUCCUGCUGGUUUUUGAUGUGACAAACAGGAAGUCCUUUGAACACAUUCCACAUUGGCACCAGGAGGUGGUGGCGACUCAGGGCACGGACAAGGCAAUCUUCCUGCUGGUUGGCCACAAGAGUGACUUACAGAACACCCGUUGUGUCUCAGCCCAGGAGGCAGAGGAGCUGGCUGCCUCCCUGGGCAUGGCCUUCAUGGAGACCUCAGCCAAAAAUAACUGCAAUGUGGACCUGGCCUUUGACACACUUGCCGACGCCAUCCAGCAAGCCCUGCAGCAGGGGAACAUCAAGUUGGAGGAGGACUGGGGGGGCAUUCGGCUCAUCCACAAGACUCAAACCCCUAGGCACCCCAGCAGGCAGCAACGUGCAGGCCCAUGCCAGUGCUGACUCUGGAAGGGAAAGGGUUGAAGCAGUGUCAACCCCAGAAGUGCUGGUGGGGUGGAGAGAGUAUCUCUCCAAAGGGCAAAUGGCAGAAUAUACCCUAAGCAUUCAUAUAAACAGUAUUCUGGCACGGUCAUGGCUCCUGGAUUUUGGGGUCUUAGCUCAGCUCCUUUCUACUAGAAAGGUCCAGAUGCAGGUGUACAGCUUCCUAUUCUUGAGCCUGUUUCCUCGUAAAACACCCUACCUCAAGGGGGGCGGUGUACAUGAAUGAGAUAAUGGGGGAAUAUGCUCAGCCAGAACCUGUCACAUGCUGAGAACUGAAUGACAUGAACUGCCAUCAUUACCUUCUUCUCUUGGCUGAGAUGUGGCCAUUUCCAGCAGCGUUCCUGGGCUGGGACGCUGGGACGCUGAGUCUAUACACAGCUGCACAGGUGAGGACGGCUGUGGGGAAUUUCAGGGGGAGCCUGGCUCGGAGCCUCCUUAGAUCCUGCCUUGGAUGGAUGAGUCUGAGCAUGAGAUUUAGGUGUGGUUGUUGCUGCCCAGCACCUCUGGUCUGGAUAUGGAUCUGGGAGGCAGGACUGACGAGUUUACAGCCUCCUCUUCACCACCCUUCCCACCCCACACCCCCCAGCUGCUGGGAGUGCCGUGGGACAAGGAGCCCCACUGCCUGGGAACGCACUGCCCCUCAGGUACAGCCCACAUCCAGUGUCGAUCUAAUGGGAGAAGAGUAAUCAAAGGCCUGGCCUUCUCCCAACUAUGAACAAGUCUGAAGUUCAAACCCCUGAUUAAUCGUUCAUUAUGGGGUCCAUUGAAGCCACUACUGUUAUAUCACAGAUAAAUCCUCCCUCCCUCCCUCUGCUCAGUCCUGCUCCCUUCCUUUCCUUCCCCAAGCAGGUAUUCAUCUCAGUAAUGCCCUGCUGCACGGUUUUGACCUAUUUGAACUGCGCAGGUCCACUUACACUUGGAUUUUCCCAAUGACCCACGCAGUUCAAAUCCAUGUUAUUCAAGGGUAAACUGCAUGCUGGGGACUCCCUGUAUGUGUAUGUGUAGGGAGCCUCUACUGUGCAGAUCAGCACCCCUAACCUGGGAGUUGAGGUCAACUGUAAAUGCCUUCUGGGGAACCUAAUUUGCAACAGAAACUCAACAGUGAAUGUCCUGGCUCAAUCAAAGGCUUUCUGGAGGAGAUGGUGCUUAUGUAGGGAAGAAUCUCAACAGGUGUAGAGGGGGUGUUUUGAAGAUGUCAUUGUGCCAGUGGGCAUGGGAAGAGCAUAGGCAGAUGCCACAGCAAAAACAGCACGACUACUUGCCUUACUUUGUGACCUGGAAGCCAGUCACUCCACCCCUUUGAGCCUCGGAUUCUUUCUCAGUAACAGGUGCUGACAAUCCCCCCAUCCCAGGGUUCUUGGGAAGUUUUCAGUCAGGGUGUUUCUCAGCUUGCUCCCCACGGCAGCUGGGCCAGUUGGGGUCGCCCUGUGCACUGCCUUCUGCCUCCUCUUUGUAAAAAGUCUUUGCUCAUCAUUACAACAACCAUACAAAAUUGGCAUGAUUAUCCCCAUUUCACAGACAGGAAAGCUUGGGCCAGGAGAGGGAAUUGUUUGCUUUAUGGCAUAUUAUUAUUUCUUCAUCAGAUCCUUAAACAUGAGCCAGUGCUCUCUUCUGGGCUCUGGGGAUACAGAAUUGCCCUCCAGCGGCUGACAUUCUAGUGGAAGAGGGAGGAAAAAUUAAUAAAUAAGUGAAGCAAACUA